GCGUUGCGAGGCUCCGCAAUGCGACUUUGCCAGGAGGAUUAUCCUGUACAUGGUGUUGUUCUGCGGAGAGAGUUGGCUCUCGUGGGGCAUAGGGUCCAAGUUCUUCCUCCCUUCCUUCAUACAUAUGCACAGCCUCCAGUACCACCCGUUUGUAACGAGGGGGUUCUCUCUUCCUCCCUACACUGCCCUCGGCCGACCUGUUCCUUGCAUGCUGGCGGGAACGUUGAACCACGAGGAGAUACAGGUAUUCUCUGGCGCAGCGUACGACACCCCCAUACCGUACUACUGACUGGAGAAUCUGCUGUCUCACCCUGUGUAUGAUUUUCCAUGCUAGAGCCUGAACUACGAUACAGUGCUUCAGU